AUGCUUCUUCUAACGCUACUACUGCUACCCAUCAUGCAUGGAGUACUUUCCGGUCAGGUCCCCGUUAAUGGAAACUUUUUCGAGCUGCUAUUCGACGAGACCAGUUUCUUCCUGCGUAAUGACACUGUAAAACGUAUCCCUGACACCAAUCACUUCCUGAAGGAGUAUGAUUUCAUCGUGAUUGGCGCCGGUUCAGCCGGAUCGGUUAUAGCCAACCGACUGUCGGAAAUCAAAGGUUGGAACGUGCUGCUACUGGAAGCGGGCAAAGACGAAAACAUGCUGACCGAUGUGCCUCUGACCGCUGGACUGACCAGCAUUACAGGUUACAACUGGGGCUACAAGGCCGAUCCGAUGCCGGGAGCCUGUCUCGGAUUGCAAAAUGGUGUUUGCGGUUGGCCCAAAGGUCGCGGUUUGGGCGGAACCAGUUUGAUCAAUUUCCUCAUCUAUACCCGUGGUCACAAGCGUGACUACGACGAUUGGGAACGAGCAGGAAACACGGGUUGGGGCUACCGGGACGUGCUGAAGUACUUCAAAAAGUCAGAACGUAUGAAAAUAAACAAACUUAAACGAUCUCCCUAUCACUCUGGGGACGGUUACCUGGAUAUUGAACACUCGUCAUUUGAAACACCAAUGUUGCGAUCGUUCAUUGAAGCGGGCAAACAGUUGGGCUACAUGGAGACUGAUCCCAAUGGAGAAAAUUUGAUGGGAUUCUCGAAAGCGCAAGCUACUAUGCGUAAUGGAAGGCGGUGUAGUACGGCUAAGGCCUUUCUCAGACCCGCGGCUUACAGGCCGAACUUACACAUAUCCAUAAAAUCGAGGGUGAUGCGAAUUCUGAUUGAUCCAAUCACAAAAUCUGCUUACGGAGUCGAGUUCAUAAAGAAUAAGAGAAGAUUUGCGGUAAAAGCUGGGAAAGAAGUCAUCCUUUCGGCGGGAGCCAUAGCUUCACCGCAGCUUCUAAUGCUGUCGGGAGUUGGACCCAAGAAACACCUCCAGGAGGUAGGAGUUCCUGUGGUCAAGGAUCUUAAUGUCGGUUUCAAUCUGCAAGACCACGUGACUUUACCAGGAUUGGUAUUCACCGUUAAUCAGCCAGUUACAAUUCGCGAAAGAGACGUGCAAGCUCCACCGAUUGUGUUAGACUAUUUGGUCAACGGAAAAGGGCCAUUCACGCUACCUGGCGGUGCCGAAGGAGUGGCAUUCAUCAAAACGAACAUUUCGUUAUUACCUCCGGACGUUCCGGAUAUAGAGCUGGUGCUAGGAACAGGUGCUUUCAAUAACGAUGAUUCCGGUUCACUUCGUGCAGCGUUUGGAUUGACAGCGGAAUUCUAUCAGAAUACUUAUGCUUCAAUCAAGGGUGAGCAUGCUUUCGCUAUAUCACCCGUUCUGCUGAAACCCAAAAGUAGGGGGCGAAUCAUGCUUAAGAGUCGGAAUCCUUUUCAUUGGCCCAGUAUGCAGGGAAAUUUCUUUCAAAACUACGAUGACCUAAAAGUGCUGCGAGAGGGUGUAAAACUGGCUGUCCAAGUAGCAGAAUCAUCCAAAUUCGCUAGAUUCGGUGCUAGGCUUCAUCAAACACCGUUCUAUGGAUGUGAAAAUCAUCGUUUUCAAAGCGACGAAUACUGGGAGUGCUGUAUCCGAAGAAUCGGAACAAGUCUACAACAUCAGUCCGGAACGUGCAAAAUGGGUCCGCCCAGUGAUCAGAGCGCAGUCGUGAGUCCGGAGCUACUAGUCUAUGGCAUCCGAGGUCUUCGGGUGGCGGAUUGUUCAGUAACGCCUGUGAUACCAGCGUCCCAUACGAAUGCCGUAGCAAUUAUGAUCGGCGAAAAGGCAGCCGAUAUGAUCAAACAGUACUGGAAUAAUACUACUACUGUAUUGUAAUGUAGGGCGUCUGACACCUACGGUUCUCUUAAGCGGUUUUCUAGUCAAAUGGAAAUAAUUAUUCAUGUCAGUUCCGUACGAACUCAAAUCAUGUCAGUCUUUUUUAAGAUCUAUUUUUAAUUAGCUGCUCUAUUUUGCUUCGCAUCCUUUGAAAGUGUUACGAGAUAGAUAGAAAAAUAAGUUUUUUAAAGUGCCUUAAACGAAUGCCUUUUUAUUUCUUUGACAUUAAAUGUUGACGUGACCGAGUCUACAGCGUGUAGUAAUAAGAAAUAUAUGCAACUUUAGUUG